AUGGCGACCUGUGGCUCACAGAGUGGCCUCGAGGCGGAGCUUUUGUCCACAAAGGCAAGGCUCGCCGCAGUCGAGGCGGAGCUGGCCGAUACGAAGCAGCAGCUGGCCCUUGCCAGCGAUCUUUCCUUCCUCUCGCCUCGAGGCAAGUUUCGUCUAUCGCUCAACGAAGGCGCCGCGGUCCUGCACGGCAAGUCGGCCGAGAUCGCGGUGCCCUACCGGCUCGUUUCACGCGUUCUCGUGCUCCCCGAGGCCUCGGGACAGGGAAGCCUGUGCGUCGUCACGCUCGCCGCUCCCGUCGCCAACGGCAAGAGCCAGGUCGGGCACCUGCUCCUGCACUCCAAGCCGGCGGAGCCCAAAGUCGAGUGCAGCCUCUCGGGGAAGCCGCUGUGUGGCCAGCCCGCGUCGGUCGUCAGCCAGGCGUUCGCCUCGCUGGCGGCGGUCGAGGUGGGGGGCAUCGGCAGCUUCAAGCCCUUCGGCGGCCGCGCCGCCCUGCAGUGCUACGUCAAGGCGACCGAGGCGGCCUUGUACCUGCUCGAGAAGGAGCUGCUCGUCAAGGAGGCGUCAAAGGUGCACGUGAUGCCGUACAGCCGGCUGCGCGUCGAGCUGUCGAUGCUGCCGGCGAACGAGUGCGACCGCGUGAGCGAGCUCCUGCAGCGGAAGCGCGCAAACGAGGAGUACGACUCGGACGGCGGCGAUCCGGCGCCUGCCAAGCGCAUCAAGACGGAGGCGGUUGACGCGUGA